AUGAAGUGGUCCACAUUCACCACCGCCGCGGUGCUCUGCCUCACCGGCGCUUCGGCCCUCGCUGAGGAGUCCAACCCGGCCCUCCGCGCCCGGUACGUGGCCGAGUCCAACUCCAGGAUCCUCGGUCGACAGGCGGGAGACCGCUGUGGUGCCGAUAACGGUGAUGCCAAGUGCGCCGGCCAGAGGUGUUGUUCCAUGUACGGCUACUGUGGUGAGGGCGCCGAAUACUGCAACCGCUUCAGCUGCAAGCCCGCCUUCGGCUGGUGCGAGGGCCAACCCAUCCCCGAACCCGAACCCGAGCCCGAGCCCGAGCCUGAGCCCACCACCUCCGCCGCGCCCACGACCACCGCGGCCGCCACCACUUCCGCGGCCGCCACUACAUCGGCAGCAGCCACUACUUCAGCCGCGGCCACCACCUCCACCGCCGCCACCUCCACCGGAACCAGCCCCGCCGCCGGCGAGACCACCCUCCCCGAGCUCACCAUCUCCGAGUCUGGCUUCUGCGGCAACACCACCACCUGCGCCGGCUCCGGCUACGGUGACUGCUGCUCCCAGUUCUACUACUGCGGUUCCGGCGAGGCCUACUGCGGCGACGGCUGCCGUGACGGCUUCGGCGACUGCGGCGGCGAGGCCCCCGCUCCCGAGGUCCCCGCUCUCACCAUCUCCACCAACGGCAUGUGCGGUAACGGCACGACGUGCGCCGGGUCGACGCAGGGUAACUGCUGCAGCCACUUCUGGUACUGCGGCUCGGAUGCCGACCACUGCGCGAGCAACUGCCGCGAGGAGUUUGGAGAGUGCGGUGAUGCGGCGUAG